GGGUUUUUCUUUCUGCACUGUUUAGACUGCCCCCGUCUCUGCCUCUGCCUGGCCCUGACCUGCAUGGGACUAAGGCAGAGGCAGUCGAUUGAACUUGGAAUUGAUUCAUGAGCUCUAUUUGAACUGAAUGGGUAAAUUGGAUGGGUGUGAACCCAAUACCCAAAUGGCUGUUAGUUGUUUGGAGUUCUCUUUUGUGUGCGAUAUGAUGUCACCCUUUUCGCAGAUAGAAUAGAAUUGUCGAAAUGAGUUCUUGUACCUAAUGAAAGAUUGUGACCGGUGCUCAGCGUGGGAUGGAAGCAAAAUAGGACUGUUGAGUGCUUUCCGAUGCCUGAUAAAACCAUCUUCUUGCGUGCAAGAUGAGUUUUUAGAAAUGUUUUUGGCGUGCUCAAAUGGCAUGGAGAGGCUUAAGGUCAUCACAUGGAGAUUUGGUUUCUGUAAACUUGUGAUAAGGUUGCAGACUUAUUUGUUUCAUGGAUGCGCGACUCUACAUCGUUUCGGUGUCUGCUGAUGUCACAAUUGACUAACACGUAGCUUCAUUUCAGGAAAGCAACUCAAAUGCAUCGAAAGCUUUUUAGAGUUUAAGGUGCUGAAACAUUUCGUAAUCUGUUUGAUCCCCAAUUUAACGCUAUCAUCCAGAUAUAUUAGGAGCAAGUAAUAUGCUGUGGAACAAAUCAUUUAGUUUGAAUGGUUGACUGCUGUGCUCCAUGUAUGUGGUAUUCUUUUUUCAGUUCCACCAUUAAGCUGAGCUUUGUGCCACACUGGUCAUCUAGGGAAUCAGCUUUGAGCAUUUAAUUUCCAUCUAAUCACACAGGAGCAGGUUCAUUCUAGUAAGUGACAACAGCGCAUUUUAUCCACCUCUAGUCUGAAGAUUUAUUUAUAGAACUGAGGUAGAAUUUCAGUAUUAGAACGAGGUCUUCAACAGACACAAAGGUGGAGAAAACUUAGUGAUAACAUUAAAAGCAGAAGGAUGGGCCGUUGUGCAUAUAAAGAUGUCUCGGCAAUCAACUUUGGGUUUGGAUAAAUUGCAACAACAAAGUCAUGUUGCAGAGCAAAGUCAGGAGCACAGAGUUGAAAUUCCAGGGUCAGAGCCUUCUUUGUCUCCCCAGUGUCAAACUAACAAUGUGUGUUUACAGGAAUCAACUUCUUCCUAUCCUGAAUGUUCAGCAGGGUACUCAAAAGGAUAUCGAGAAAAUACUGGUCCAAAUAUUAUUGAAAAUGUAUUUCCUGGUUACAGUAAUUACAUGAUAGUUUCUGAUCCCUACAACUUCUGUGGCACUCCUGAUUCACAGCUUUUACCAGCAAAAUAUACCAGCAAGUUUCAUGCAGAAUUGGUGCAAGAAACUCCUCCUUUAGCUGGAAACACCAAGUCUGGAGAUUCUCUCAUACCUUUUAGUUUCAAUGGCUGUGUGAAUUCAUCAAGAAUAGAAAGCUGGGAUUCUGGACGCCCUCAGUCAGGGAUGAUGAAUAAUAAUGGUUUGGUGAACUUACCUUUAUCUGUAAAUAUUACAACAACUGUUCCAGCUGCAGAGUUGUUGGCUGCUCCAAGCAGACGGUCAAAUACAUUUGGAUCAAAUAGCAGAGAGGAAAGCAUGGGUACAUAUUUUCCAGAUUCAAGUAUCCAAACAGACACCAUGCAGACCCUCUAUCUCAUGAACCCAGGGGUUGCAGGUUAUACUGAUUCAGUGGCUUCUGGGAACAUGGUACUCCUUAAUAAUAUGCCAGGAAAUGCAUUAACUACUCAUAAUUUUGUUGGGAAUGGGCAACCACAGCAACAUUUCAUUGAAAUCAAUGGCUCUGCUGCUUCCCGUUCCCAGCACUCUUCUUUGGGGGCUGUAGAAAAUUCUGCAGCAGAACAUAGUGUCACUUCAAGUAUACUCACGUCAGCACUUGGAGCCCAUACUUACAAUUCUUGGCACGGUAGAGGAAAUGGAAUGACUUUCCAACAGACAACAGAUGCAGCAUCCAGCAAUCAGUCCCUAUGUGGGCAAUUGAACAAUUGUGCCAAGCUUGAUAAUCCAUCAGUUGCUGAGAUUUCUCAACUAGGGAUGAGGCAUCCACCCAUGUCGUCAAUUGAAGAGCAGCAACCAGAGAUACUUACCAGGGGACUCCAGUUGCAAUUAGAUCAAUCAUCCACUGCCACUGGCCAGAGACAGGAGCUUUCUCUCAGGCUUUCCCCACAGCAUCCCUCAACUGUCCAGGUACCUUCUUUCCAAAAUCAUCACACUGACCUGGAUAUAAACUGCCCAGGUAUUGCUCAAGCAACUUCAGAAGACAAUAUGUAUGGAGUUGAUGGGGCCAAUCGAGAUGGGAUGAUGAGAACUGGGUUUUCAAAUUCUAUUCAUAGUCCUCACACUAGCAAACGAAUCCCAUCCAGUUUAAACAUGGUAGCUGAGUUCCCAAAUGUUCUUAGGGGCUGCAAAUAUCUUAAAGCAGCACAGGAAUUGCUUGAUGAAGUUGUAAGUCUUGGAAAGUUUGGGAAACAGGACUAUGCUAAGCAUCAUAAAUCACAUUCUCUAUGUGGUAGCAGGAAAGAUAAAGAAAAUGCUUCCACAGAAGAGGGUGGAAAGGAUGGAGUAGUUGACACCAGAAAUAGACAUAGAGCUUCAGCUGAAGAGGCCGAUUAUCCUCAUAACACCGAGCUUACUCCUGCAGAAAGACAAGAGCUUCAAAUAAAGAAGGCAAAGCUCGCUGCCAUGCUGGAUGAGGUGGAUAGAAAAUACAGACAAUACUACCAUCAAAUGCAAAUUGUGGUUUCAUCUUUUGAAGCUGUUACUGAGGUUGGUGCUGCCAAGACAUACACUUCUGUUGCACUUCAAACAAUUUCCAGGCAGUUCCGAUGCUUGAGAGAUGCAAUUACAGGUCAAAUUCGUGUAGUGGGCAAAAGUUUGGGUGAGGAAGAGAUACCAGAAAGUUGCAAAGGUGAAACUUCUCGUUUGCGGUUCAUGGAUCAACAGCUGCGGCAGCAACGAGCUCUUCAGCAACUGGGUAUGAUUCAACAUGCAUGGAGACCACAGAGAGGUUUGCCAGAGCGAUCAGUUUCUGUCUUACGAGCUUGGUUGUUUGAGCAUUUUCUUCAUCCGUAUCCCAAAGAUUCUGAUAAAGUUAUGCUAGCAAGGCAGGCAGGGCUGACUAGAAGUCAGGUUUCUAAUUGGUUCAUAAAUGCACGUGUACGCCUUUGGAAGCCCAUGGUAGAAGAAAUGUAUAUGGAAGAAAAUAAGGAAGCUGAGUUAGGACAUGCAUCAACUGAAAAACAUAAUAAGGAAAAUGUUGAAAAUAAGGAAGAGGUAAAGUCGGAUGAAGGACCUGGAAACAGCCAUUUUCGUCAAGAGCAGAAACAUACAGUAUCACACCUUGGUAGCAACAUACAGGAUGUAGUCUGCGAAGAACAAAAUAUGACAAGUGGCAGCUUUAAGUCUGAGCACUCCUCAGAUUCAAAUUAUAACAAAAACCGAACAUUAAGCAUGGAAGAAGCAUCAGAUGAAGAAGUAAUUCGUGAAGUUCAGGAUGAAGGUGCAUCACAGGGGCAGCUUAAAAAGGCUAGGAAUGGAAUUGAAGAUAAUGCGUACCAAUUUGCCCCCAAUAUUUUUACAAUGUUGAACUUUAAAUUGGAAGAAAGCUGUCCUUCAGAUACUUGUGAUAACAAGUUCAAUGAGGGAAGACAUAACAAUGAAGACUACAGUGUUGUUCAGAAUCACAUGUUUCUUGCAGAUGUUAAUGGAAGCUCAGGGGCAUACCAGCUCGGUUGUAUUAAUGGGUAUGAACAAGAUUCAUUCAUCAGCAGGUUUUCUGGAAGUGGUGGUGUGUCACUUACUUUGGGACUUCAACAAUCUGAUGGUGUAUCAUUCUCAAGAAAUCAACAGAGUUGUAUUUCCAAUCAAGGAAGGACUAGUGGAACUGGCAGGGCCUCUGAUGGCAAUUGUAACAUCAUGGAGACAGGAGUUGCACAUGCUGCAGAUGGGUAUGAUAGCAUUAGCCUACAAAACAGAGAGCAUUAUGGCUCUCAUCCAAUGUAGACUCUGUAGCUUAUAUCAAUGAAGAUGCUGUAUACUAUGUGCUUAAUGCAUUUUUUCUGUCUUGCAUGGCAUAUGUGUUCCUUCUUUCCUCCUAAUCAUGUCCUAGGAGGGUCAGACUUAAGUAAGAGUCUUAAGACAUGAAAUCAAGUUAUCUUCGUUACUUUGCCUUACUUUUAUUGCCAGGCUCUUUUCUUUCUCCCACUUGGAGGAAAGUAAUGUUAAGCCGAUUGUAAAAUAUAUAAAUAUAUAUAUAUAUAUAUGUGUGUGGAAAUACCAGUUUGUGGUAUUGUAAGCUCAAUUAGGUAUGUAAUACAUAAGGAUGAUUCUUGAGAAAGUAUAUGAUAUUUAAGAAAAUUUGAUGUUC